GAGAGAGAGAGAGAGAGAGACUCCCAUGCUCACCUAUGACUCGCACACCCACCACCCUAGCCACCCUCACCGCCUCAAGCUCCUCACGACCCCCGCUUAUCCCUCCGGCCGGUUCAUCUGCAAUGGGUGCCGCCAACAAGGUAGUGGCUUCGGCUACCACUGUGCUGAGUGCAGGUUCGAUCUCCACAUAGUCUGCGCAUCAAAGCCCUUGCGAAUCCACGAUCAGUCUCACCGUCACGAGCACCAUCUUGCUUUUAACUGUCCGUACGAGACAGGAGGGUUUCGCUGCAACGUUUGUGGUGCCCCGGGGGGUAAUCACUGGCUGUAUCGCUGCAGUUCCUGUAAUUUUGACGUGCAUUUAGAAUGUGCCGUCGUGGCUACGGCUAGGCCGGCUCAGGUGGUACCGCCAGCACCUCAACAGGCAUCAUACGCGGUGGCCAGAUGGCCGGCUUACAUUUCUUCGGGAUUGAACCAUCAGUACCAAUAUCAAACUCACACGUUUUUAGGGCAAAGCAACAUGCAGGGAGUUAUACACAACCCUAACGGUAUGAACAUAUGGAGUUCUCAACAUCAAGCGCAACCCGCUAUGAGGCCAUCGGCUAUAGGGUUUGGAGCUUUUACGGUGGCGGCAGCGGCCGAGCAAGGUUUGGUCGAGGGCAUCGCCCAACAAGUCGGUCAGAGCGUCGCUAAUUGUGUGAUGGACAGCAGCGGCGGCGGCGGCGGCGGCGGUGGCGGCAGUAUCUUCGAUGUUUCUUCUUUUCUGGACUUCUCAUAAGUUGUCCAUGGCAUAGGCCGUGUACUAACUGAGUGCUGGUUGACGUGGAUCGACCUUAAAAAGAAAUCCUACGUAGGUUCUGCCUCUAAAUUUAUGUGUUUGGAGGUCCUCCUCCUUAUGUGGUUGAUGCGUACUUAUUAAAAGAACGAAGACUGCUGUGAUUCUUCUUUAUUUACAUGAAUGUGACUUGAGAGUU